GUAUACUGUUUGUUAUAUGGUUUAGGAGGGCUUUUGUUUACUUUUUUGACUGUUGUUGAUUAUUUGUUGUAUUCAGGGUUAAAUGGGUUUUUGUGGUUCCUUCUAAAUGUUACUGUUCAUUUUUCUUUUUAUCUGUAAUUUUUGAAAAUGUUGUAAUCUAGGAUCGGGAAAAAAAAGAAUCUUUCGCAUAUAGUCCUUUUGUAAGAAAUGCAUCCCGUAGGUUAAAGUUUCCCUAAUCUUGCUUGGACAAAAGCACUAUUGAGUUUGGUCCCUUUUCGUGAUUGCAAUUUGGAGGCUUCAAUUUCUUAUGUGUGGUUUAGAUUAGAAUUUUGGUUUUGAUAGAAAUUGAAAUUCUAAGCAAGCUCACUUGUGCAUUUAAUAUUUUUAAUUGAGUUUGAGCCUUCAUAUUAGUUCCACUUGUUUUUUUUUUGUUUUUUUUUUCGGGUUAAUAUAUUUGUUUGAUUUCCUUUGUUGCAUUAUAAAUCACAAUUUUUAUGAUGUUUGCAAUUUGCUCAUGUGGUCUUCGGAAACCUCUUUUGACAUGAGUUGCAGCCUACUCAGUGCACUCACGUAAACACGUACCCUUUCUUCCUCAGGUCUCAGAGUGGCAUAUUAUAAAGUUUUGAGGCAGAAUGGCUACAACCAGAGCUCGAGUUAGUAGCUUCUCUCGCAAUGUAUCAACAGUGACAUCUCAGAAUCCUGGACUUAAGCAUGGCCCUAAUGGAACAAUGCUCAUUUCAUCUGGGAUUCCCGAUCUUGACAAGAUUUUAGGUGGUGGUUUUCCAUUGGGUAGCCUUGUCAUGGUUAUGGAAGAUGAAGAAGCACCUCAUCAUAUGCUUUUAUUGAGAAAUUUUAUGUCUCAAGGACUUGUACAAAAGCAACCACUCUUGUAUGCUAGUGCAUACAGAGAUCCUAAAAGAUUUCUUGGUACUUUGCCUAGUCCAGCAUCGUCCAAAGGGGACAAAUCUUCAGAUCUUAGCCAUGAGAAGGAUAUAAGAAUUGCUUGGCAAUACAAGAAGUACUUUGGUGAGCCUCAGCUGAAUCUCAACACCAAUAAUGGUGGUCAGCAGGAAUACUGUAAUGAUUUUGAUUUGAGAAAGCCCCUGGAUCGGCAUUUUUUUAGUGGCAGCAAUGUAGAUUGUGUUUGCUUCAAAGAUUCUCCAAACCUUAGUGCUCUUCAAGACCGUUGUGCUGAAUUUCUAGCUAAACUCUCAAGAAAUGAAGGCAACAUUUCCUCUGCUGGUCGUAUUGCUAUUCAAUCAUUAUGUUCUCCACAGUGCAAGUAUUCAAAUGAUGAGUGGCAUAUGCUUUCCUUUAUUAGGUCCCUAAAGAGCAUGACUCAAUCUUCAAACGCUGUUGUUGUUGUAACCUUUCCACCUUCACUUCUUUCUCCAUCUUGUUCACUAAGAUUGCAGCAUAUGGCAGACACCUUGCUUUCUGUCAGAGCCAUUCCAGAUGAGGACAAGGAACUGGCAAAACUCCUCACUGGUUACCAGGAUAUGAUAGGGCUUAUAAACAUACACAAAGCUGCACGGUUAAAUACACAGGUUCCAGUGAUUCUGGAGGCUACAACGUUCUCAAUCAAAUUGCAAAAGCGGAGGUUUUUGGUCUUAGAAUGUCUAAAUCAAGCCCCAGUUGAUGGAUCAAGUGGAAGUUCAUAUGGUACAUCUGGCGGUUGUUCUGGGUCAUCUAAAGUUGGGACACUUGAUUUUUAGAUCAUACCUUAUUUAUAACUGAACACUUGUAACAACCAAACAGGUGCUAGCAGUAGUGAUUCAGGCUCAAUCUUUUUCUUAGUGCUUGAAAUGUCUUCAAAUUUUUUUGUAACUUAUAUCUUUUUGUUCUUUAGAUAAUCAAAUGGUUUCACUAUUGGUUCGUCUGCAAUGUACAGGUUUAAAAGAUAGUGUACAAUUGAAAAUGGUGAGUGUUAAGGAGAAAAAUAGCAGACUGUACUUUUUUUAUAUUUUUUUAAUUUGGUUGCAAAGAAAUAGUAACUCUGCAUUUUCAUGCUUUUUUGUACUGUUUUAACUUCAUAUUAGGAAUCAUGGAUGCUUUUUACGAACAGGAAUAAGAAUAAUGCUCUCAGUACUGACCAUCUAG